GUUAGUCACCGUUCAGCUCACACACGUAAACGCUGCACCGAACAUGAGGUGUUUUAUUUCAUAUUUAUAUUAUUAUUCUGGGGAAGGAUCGACAGUGUGGAUCAUUGGAGCUUUAUAAUGGCAAAAUAGACUACGUAGAGAGAUGUUUGGUGUGUCUGCUGCUGCUUAAGCCGAUAAAGAAAAGGAAAAUCAGCUAUAUUUAUCCCGUGUGUCCUGAACGCGAUCAUGUCUGCGGGACAAGAUGAGAGCUCAGUGCGCGUGGCUGUCAGGAUUCGUCCACAAUUGGCGAAGGAAAAGAUAGAAGGAUGUCACAUCUGCACGUUCGUGACCCCUGGCGAGCCCCAGGUGGUUCUAGGAAAGGACAAGGCCUUCACGUUUGACUAUGUAUUUGACAUGAAUUCGCAGCAGGACGACAUUUACAACAACUGCACUGAGAAACUUAUCGAAGGAUGCUUUGAAGGAUACAAUGCCACUAUCUUCGCCUACGGACAGACAGGUUCAGGGAAGACAUACACCAUGGGCACAGGUUUUGAUGUGAACAUCAGUGAGGAGGAGCUGGGAAUCAUCCCGCGGGCGGUCAGCCAUCUCUUCAGGGGCAUCGAGGAGCGGAGACAGGCCGCAGCACAACAGGGAUGUCCUGUACCUGAGUUUAAGAUCAACGCUCAGUUCUUAGAGUUGUAUAAUGAGGAUGUGCUAGACCUAUUUGACUCAACUCGAGACAUGGAGGUCCGUAAGCACAAAUCCAACAUCAGGAUCCAUGAAGAUGCCAAUGGAGGGAUUUACACUGUUGGAGUCACAACACGAACUGUUAGCUCUGAGGCUGAGAUGAUGCAGUGCCUGAAAUUGGGCGCUCUGUGCCGCACCACUGCCAGCACACAGAUGAACGCCCAGAGUUCCCGCUCACACGCCAUCUUCACCAUACACCUGUGCCAAGUUCGCGUCUGUGCCUCAGACAGUAACACAGAGACAGAUAACAGGCUGAUGAACAGCUCCUCAGAGAUGAACGAGUUUGAGACGCUCACGGCUAAAUUUCACUUUGUGGAUUUAGCAGGCUCGGAGCGUCUGAAGAGAACUGGUGCCACAGGCGACCGGGCCAAAGAGGGUAUCUCCAUCAACUGUGGACUGUUAGCUCUGGGGAAUGUGAUCAGCGCUUUGGGUGACAGGAGCAAACGCUCCACACAUGUGCCUUAUCGAGACUCCAAACUCACACGCUUGCUUCAAGAUUCCCUGGGAGGAAACAGUCAGACGGUGAUGAUCGCCUGCAUCAGCCCUUCAGACAGAGACUUCAUGGAGACACUGAACACGCUGAAAUACGCAAACCGUGCCCGCAAUAUCAAGAACAAAGUGAUGGUGAAUCAGGACCGGGCGAGUCAGCAGAUCAGCGCUCUGAGGACAGAGAUCGCCCGACUGCAAAUGGAGCUCAUGGAGUACAAGACGGGCAAACGUAUGGUGGGAGAGGAUGGAUUGGAAAGCAUCAAUGACAUGGUUCAUGAGAACUCAAUGCUGCAGACAGAGAACAACAACCUGCGUGUGCGUGUGAAAGCAAUGCAGGAAACCAUUGAUGCUCAGAGAGCCAGACUUACACAACUACUAAGCGACCAGGCCAACCAGACCCUCGCUAGAGCAGGUGAAGGGAAUGAAGAGAUCGGAAACAUGAUCCACAAUUACAUCAAAGAGAUCGAGGAGCUCAGAGCAAAGCUUGUAGAGAGUGAAGCUGUGAGUGAAAACCUGCGUAAGAAUCUGUCCCGCGCCUCCACGCGCUCCUCGUUCUACGCCGGCCCCGCCUCCAUCUCCCCCGCCCUCCUCGCACCCGAGAAAGAGGCCGCUGACAUCAUUGAGAUCGCAAAGAAAGACCUGGAAAAACUGAAGAGGAGGGAGAGGAAGAAAAAAAAGAGGCUCCAGCAGCUGGAUGAAGGUGCUCAUGAGGAUCUGGAGAACGUCAGUGUCAUAAAGGAGGAGGGGCCAGAUAAUGAGCAGGACAAAGAGCCUUGUGAGAGGGUCAUUGAGGAGCCAGAGGCAGAUGGCAGUGAUCAUGAUGAAGGAGAGGAGGCUGAGGGGGAGGAAGAGGAUGAUGAAACGGAGAUGGACAGCUCUGAUGAGUCUGACUCUGGAGGAGAGCUGGAGGAGAAAGAAGACUUCCAGGCUGAUCUGGCUAACAUCACAUGUGAGAUCGCCAUCAAACAGCGACUGAUCGAUGAGCUGGAGAACAGUCAGAGACGCCUGCACACGCUCAAACAACAGUACGAACACAAACUCAUGAUGUUGCAGAGCAAAAUCAAAGACACACAGCUGGAGAGAGACCGUGUGCUGCACAACAUGGGUUCAGUGGAGUCUUGUACGGAGGAGAAAGCGAAAAAGAUCAAGUCUGAAUAUGAGAAGAAACUGAACUCCAUGAAUAAAGAGCUGCAGAAACUGCAGUCGGCACAGAAAGAGCACGCUCGCCUGCUGAAGAAUCAAUCACAGUACGAGAAACAGCUGAAGAAACUCCAGCAGGAAGUGACAGAGAUGAAGAAAACCAAGGUGGGGCUUAUGAAACAGAUGAAGGAGCAGCAGGAGAAGAAUCGAGUCACAGAGACCCGCCGCAACCGCGAGAUCGCCACACUGAAGAAAGACCAGCGGAAGCAAGAGCAUCAGCUGAGGCAGCUCGAGGCACAAAAGAGACAGCAGGAGCUCAUUCUGCGUAGGAGAACAGAGGAGAUAACAGCCCUGAGACGGCAAGUACGGCCCACAUCCGGCAAAGUUAACCGUAAGAUCAGUUUACCAGAGCCUUUGCAGGAGUCUUCACCCCGUACAGCUCCCUUCCGGCCACAAACCGCCAGCGCGACUGCACCUAAUGGAACGAGGAAACAACAGAUGAGGACAGGAGGUGUGUACUUCACCAGGACGGCGCGGGCUAAAUGGCAGUCACUUGAGCGUCGCAUUAGUGACAUCAUCAUGCAGCGGAUGACCAUCUCCAACAUGGAGACUGAAAUGAACCGUUUGCUUAAGCAACGUGAGGAGUUGACGAAGCGCAGAGAGAAAGUGAUGAGGAAGAGAGACAAGAUCGCCAGCGAGGACACGGAUGCGGACAGAAGCGCCCUCUCCCUUACUGAAGAGAUGGAGUCACUGACGGCUAACAUUGACUACAUCAAUGACAGCAUCGCCGACUGCCAGGCCAACAUCAUGCAGAUGGAAGAGGCCAAGGAGGAGGGAGAUACAGUGGACGUGUCUGCUGUGAUCAGUUCAUGUACACUAUCAGAGGCCCGUUUCCUGCUUGAUCACUUCCUCAUUAUGGUUAUCAAUAAGGGUUUACAAGCGGCACAGAAGGAAUCUCAGAUCAAAGUUAUGGAGGGCCGUUUGAAACAGACGGAGAUCAACAGUGCCACCCAGAACCAGCUGCUCUUCCAUAUGCUGAAGGAGAAAGCUGAACUAAACCCUGAGCUGGACGCUCUGCUCGGGAAUGCUCUUCAAGAACUAGGUAACAUCCCGUCGGAAAACGGUGAUGAAAGCAGCAGUGAUGAAUCGGCUCAGAGUCCAGCCACAGAGAAAAGUUGUUUGGCAUCAGAUCUUAUGAAACUUAGUGGAGACACCAAAGUCAGGAAUAAGGCUCGCAGAAGAACCACUACCCAAAUGGAGCUGUUGUACCCCAACACUGGAGACCCUGAUGUCCCACCAGAGGAUUUCACUGCCCCUCUAAUUCCUGUAGUGGAGAGUCAAGAGUCUCCUGCAGUCCACACAAUGACCAUCUUCUCCAGCUUAACAUCCAAGACAAAUACUGUUGCCAGAUCUCCCACGGCAACAGAAAGGAAAUCUUUGGACUGUUCGCCUUUGAUCCGCAAGACAGCUCAGGACAGGAGCAAAAACCCCACAGACAGAACUAGAAACCUGGACAAACAGACGGAUGACUCUGAUUUAUUUGAGCCUCAAAGAGGUGCGAUAAGCCCAGUUCAAGCAGUGCGGUCAAGUCGAGCAGCCAGAUUGCAGUGUGUGCAUGUGGCGGAGGGUCACACUAAAUCCCUGCUGUGUGUCGACUCAACUGAUGAUCUACUCUUCACCGGCUCAAAGGAUCGCACAUGUAAGGUGUGGAACCUGGUGACGGGUCAGGAGAUUAUGUCUCUCGGAGAUCAUCCCAGCAGUGUAGUAUCAGUCCGAUACUGUUCCAGUCUGGUCUUUACCGUCUCCACUGCUUACGUCAAAGUGUGGGACAUCCGCGACUCUGCCAAAUGCAUCCGCACCCUCACUUCUUCUGGACAGGUGUCUCAAGGUGACUCCUGUGCUGCCAUGAGCAGCAGUUCUGUUGCCAUCCCACCAGGAGAAAACCAGAUCAACCAGAUCACCCUCAAUCCUUCCGGAACUUUUCUGUAUGCUGCAUCUGGCAACACAGUCAGGAUGUGGGAUUUGAGAAGGUUUGUGUCUACAGGGAAACUGACGGGACAUUUGGGACCGGUAAUGUGUCUUACAGUAGACCAGAUGGGGAAGGGUCAAGAUAUGGUCAUCACAGGCUCGAAAGAUCACACCGUGAAGAUGUUUGAUGUGGCAGAAGGCGCUCAGGGCAGCAUCAGCGCCACACAUCACUUUGACCCAGCCCAUCAAGACAAUCUGGAGGCUCUGGCCAUGCAGGGUGAUUCUCUGUACACUGCUGCCAGAGACUGCUGCAUUAAGAGAUGGGACCUGGCCAGCAAACAGCUUCAACAGCAGGUAGAGCGGUCACACUGUGAUGUGGUGAGCGCUCUGGCUGCAGUCCCUGGCUCCAGUGCUGUUAUGAGUGGCUGCAGGGGCGGACUGCUCAAAUUCUGGCACGCUGACACACUCAGAGCUCUGGGAGAAGUGAGAGGUCAUGACAGCUCCAUCAAUGACAUCUGCACCAACAGCAGCCACCUUUUUACCGCAUCAGACGAUCGGACAGUGAAGAUCUGGCAGGUCAAAGGAUCUUUAGAGGAAGGCCUUCACUGACCCACUCAAAGCUGCUCCAAUUGACUAGAAGGUCAUGGUGGAAGUUUAGAUUCUCUUAAAGAAUUUCCUCCUUUGCUCUAUCAAUGUGACGCUUCUAUCCAGAAACUCUGCUCCCAUUUCUGAUCUCCCAUUGGCAGCGGUUCCAAAAUCAGCUGCCGACUGCUGUAAUUUUCUUUCUCUACAGUGUUGAAGUGCUCUGUUUAGUCUCUUUAGUCUUUGUGUUGCUGAACCUUAUGGAAGAUAUUGUAGGUCAGUGUGUGUGUGUGUGUGUGUGUUUAUGUGGCACAGUCCUAAAGCUGGGCUUUGGGCAUCAUAGACUGCAGUAUCAGCAGUGCGUUUAUGAAGCACAUGUUUGUGAACAUCAUGUUGACUGGACUGAACCGAUAUGCUCUUAAAUUAUUCUAUAAUGUUGAUGUCAGUUCUUUCCCACGUUUCUUGACCAAAGUUACCGUUUUGUGUGAAUCUUUACAAAAAAUCCAUGACACAUCACAGAUCUCGAUGCAACUCUACCGUAGUCUUAACUGCACUGGAAUGGUACAAAGAUAUUUGCAGUCAUGACUCUUGAUUUGGAUCAGAAAUGUAUUUGUCUUUUAUUGUGUUCUACUUUACUUUUUUGUAAGACUUAUCUGUACAUCUUUUUCAUUUUCUUGUUCGAACCUUAAAAAAACGCUGUACAAAAAUAUUUCUCCUGAUGUGCUGUAGUUAUUAUCAAUGUCAGAUGCAGAGAAAAAUAAACUUCAUCUGUCAAAAUCA